UCCCGCCUCAAAAUAGGAUGUGCGUAAAAAGGUCAGGUACAAGCCUGUCCACGCUCCUGAUUUUUCUUUUUGUCGGCACGCAGACAGUUCAAUUAGUUGAAGUGCCCAAUUCAUUUAUAAGUACAGGUUAAAUGACAAUGAACUUUGUUCGACCAAGUGCGGAUCAGUAAAGUACUCCGUGCACAGAGGUGUCUCCGGGAAAGCACGCAGAAUGAACAAAGGAAACUUUCACGAAAAUUAAUACAGCACCGCCAAGUUGCUUUUGGAAAUCUGAGCAUUUAAUGAAGACGAUUAUACUCAAGAAUACUGUGUUUCUGGAAAAUUAAAAGAAAAGUGAAAUCAGAUCUUAAAGUUUCUUCUUCACUACGAUCAAGACGGAACAUGAGGAAAUCGGGAUAUACAGGUAUAGCCAGGACUGCCAGCGGCAGGUUGAGGAGAGUGGAGCCCUCGGACCCUACCAGUCCCACUCUGAAGAGGUCGUUUGAAACUGAGGAGACUGAAGCAUCCACACUGCCUCAGUCUCGCCGGGCGGUGACCCCUCGAACGGCAAAGCCUGGCCUGCAGCCGUCAGGCUCUUCCCGGCGAGCUGAGCUCUCCAUCGAUCUCUCCUCCAAGACCAUAGACGGCAGCGCUGGCUCCGUGGCAUCCCGCUUCGGUCUGAGGAGGUCGGAGACAUCCGGCGUCACCAGGGGCACGGAUCAGGUGAACAGGCGGACCGAUCCCGUCAGCCACAGCACCUCCCGCCUUCCAGAGGCCUCCCAGAGGAGAGCGGAGACGGCGAGCCCGGUGGAGUCGCCACGGAAGCUUCCGGAUAUUCCACUGGCCAAAGGGCCAGAGUUGACAGGAACUUCCAGGAUAGAGAAUAGUUCACCCACACUAAGUGAACCCAAGACGCAGUCCCCAAUCCCUGAGGCAUUCGCCAGGAUUCCUGACAGGUCAGAGGUCGUCCCCAGCCAUAUCACCAGUACAAUGUCGGAGCUAGUGAAGCCGGCCCCGUCCCCGGCCAGCAUGGAGAAACCCAGCGUGGAUUUCAGCUAUGUGGGCAUCGAUGCCAUCCUGGAGCAGAUGAGGCGGAAAGCAAUGAAGCAGGGCUUUGAGCUCAACAUUAUGGUUGUGGGGCAGAGUGGCUUGGGAAAGUCCACACUGAUGAAUACCCUCUUCAAGUCCAAGGUGAGCCGACGGACAGGCCUGGGUUCUGCUGACGAGAGGAUUCCUAAGACUGUGGAGAUCAAGUCGAUCAGUCACGAGAUCGAGGAGAAAGGUGUGAGGAUGAAACUGACUGUCAUUGACACCCCGGGAUUUGGAGAUCAUAUCAACAAUGAAAAUUGCUGGCAGCCCAUCAUGAGGUUCAUUAACGAACAGUAUGAGCAGUACCUGCAAGAGGAGAUCAACAUCAACAGGAAGACGAGGAUCCAGGACUCUCGAGUUCACUGCUGCAUCUAUUUCAUCCCGCCUACUGGACAUAGCCUCAGGCCUCUUGACGUUGAGUUCAUGAGACGCCUGAGCAAAGUGGUGAACAUCGUCCCCGUCAUCGCCAAGGCCGACACCCUGACCCUGGAGGAGAGGGACUUCUUCAAAAACAAGAUCAGGGAGGAGCUACAGGCCAACGACAUUGACGUGUACCCCCAAAAGGAAUUCGACGAAGACGCAGAGGACCGGGCGAUCAACGAGAGAAUCAGGGGCAUGGUGCCAUUCGCCGUGGUGGGCAGCGACCAGGAGUGCCAAGUCAAUGGGCGGAGGCUGCUUGGGCGGAAGACCAAAUGGGGAACCAUAGAAGUUGAAAAUAUUGCCCACUGUGAAUUUGCCUAUUUGAGAGACCUUCUCAUUAGGACCCACAUGCAGAACAUCAAGGACAUCACAAGCAGCAUCCACUACGAGGGAUACCGCGUCCGCAGGCUCAACGAGUGCAAUGCACAGACCAACGGCUUUGACGAGCAGGACGUCACCUCCCAUGAGCUGUAGAAGCCCCCUCCCUCCCCAUAUGCGCCCCCACCCAUGCUCCCCCCUCUGUGCUCCUGAUACAGUGAGCACACAUCACACCGAGCGGCCUUUCUGCAGACUCCCAGCAUUGGAGGUUGCAUUUAAUCUGGCUCCGAGUUUUUCUUAAUGUCUCCUUGUGCCGUAAGCGCCUGUCCUCGUGUUAUUUCAUCUGACCCCCCCACCCCGAGUGCGGUAGAUGAACCACCUUGAACAGUUUCGAGCCUGGCGCUUUGUACCCUAACUGGCUCCUUGACAGAAAAGCAGCCUGUCUGGGUAAAGACAGGCUCCAACAUAAGAGCUUUUUAAAAGUCCGGUUUUUAAAAUAUAUGUCCUCAAAUAAAUCGUAACAAAACCUCAGUUCAGUUAUUUUACAAUGAUAAAUUAAACCAAAUGAAGCCCGAAUGGAGCUUCUUUAGGUAACAUCAAUUAAAUGUUUUCAGUUCAAUUCAAUUUGUAUACUGCAUUUUCACAAUGUUACAUCGUCUCAAAGCGCUAUACAUUAUGCCCACCCAAAGCCCCCAGUGAGCAAGCCAGAGACGACAGUGGCAAGGAAAAACUCCCUAGAAGGAAGAAACCUUAGGAGGAAGCAGACUCAUCAUCACAUGGAGUUAGGACAGACGGGGCUGAUCCCUUUGCUGUUGGGGUGUUUGUGACGUCUGUGGACUUUAUUGAGUAUUGUGUCUAUUGAGAAAGGGGUUCGGGCACAUGGGGUUGCUUAUUUUUUUCGCUAUUUUAAAAACUUUGUGUUAAAAGUUAUGAUAAAAUCAGCUGGACAUCAGUUUCUCUUUUGUGUUCACAGUGGCCCACCUAGAGAAGAGUACUUCCAACAUUCUUUGUUAUUUUUUUUAUGAUUUUUAUGUAAUGAUUACUUCUUUGUUCAUUGUGCCGUUUCUCAUGGGAGAGGGGAACGUAAGGAAUAAAUAAUUGUUUGUUGUCCUGUCAUACAUUAAGGGCAGUCAUUUUCUGUUUAAAAUGAGAAUAGGAAUCGAUUUGAGUAAUAUUUAUUCACGUUACAAAUUUAAAAGGACUUGGCGACAAGUCAACGGUCCCUGCAGAGGCAGGCAGGCAGGCAGGCAGGCAGACACAGAGCCAGGAGACGUGGCCUGACAAAGGAGCACUUUCCUGUGUCUUUUAAACGUUCCCCAGCUGAGAUGCCUGCAGAAUAACGGGAUUUUGAACGAUCCAGGUGCUGCACAGAUCUCCGGUGGAGAUUCUAGAGCAAACACCCCUCCUCCCCCCUGCACCCAGACAUUUUCUGCCUGCUUUACUUUUAGGGGGCUGACAGACGGCAGAGCUUAUAAUGUCUUUUCUUUCUGUUUCCUUAUCUGCGUCCUGUUUGACGGGAGCCUGCGAUUCAUGCUGUACUGUGACAGCAGGAAAAGCUAUCGGUGUUUUUUUUUUAGAAACUGAUGAAUGGUGCCUGCCGCCCUUCUGCCGUGUCGGGAAGUGCGUCCACGCUGCCUCCUGUCAGUCGGUGCUGGUACUUCUACUGGGAGCUGCAACACACGGAGUUUACCAGAGCAGUGUUUGCCAACCCGGUCUUCGGGGGCCUCCUGACGGCCCCCGUUCUUGCUCCCUCCCAGUUCCCUGCCGUACCGUGGACUGUCUGGGAGUCCCAGAGGACCGGGUUGGCAAACGCCGUACCACAGGAACAUUGCAGCUCCCCACGACCAGAAACUGUCGCUCUCCCGCUUUCUGAAGCAUCAAACGUUCGUGUGUCUUUUGAAAUAAGUUCGUUUUGUCAGAUAAAUUCCUUUGUACUGGCUUUAAAAAAAAAAAACUACAGAAAUACUUGAUUAACAUAUCUUCCAAAAAUAAAGAGUAACAUUCUUUUGUA